AUGCCUGACAAGAGGAAGGCCACUAUGUCGGCCUCGUCUUCUAAACGCCCCCGGAUAUCUUAUGACGAUGAAAGUGAGCAUUCUUCACCAGUACCCUAUGAGCAACCCCAACAAAAUUUUAUCUACGGUCAGAGGGGCGCAUUCCCGGGCUUGAGUGAUGGCGAAGAUGAACUCUUUUACGGCCCGGCGGAUGAUGGCUUAGAGUAUCUGCGAAUGGUUCGUUCGGAAGCAAAUUCGCUACCCACACUGUUCGUCGCGCCUGCUCAAACUUCAGGUUUCCCGGACUCGAAAUCAAAAAUCCAACAUGAUUCAGACCCAUCGGUAUCAGUGAAGCAACCCCUGGCGGUUGGUUUCUUCGCAGAUGAGGCCGCCUACGUCGCUCCCGCGACGGACAAAAACACAAACAAGGAUGCGCUCUCCCCCUCGAGUCUCGAAGAACGUUACCCCGAUGCACAAAACUCCUACUAUAACAUUCUGCGCCAUCGCUUUCUCCUCUUGAGAUCGACCCUUCGAUGCACUCCACCUGCCGACGCCAUCAGUGCCCUCGACGACCUUCACCCAAUUAGCUUACCUCGAAAUGCCGGGUCCGCGCACAAAGAGUGGCGUCGGCUUCUGCAGGCAGUCGACCCGCACAUGGUUCAAGUAGCAUGCAUGGACAUGGAAAGUGUGCUGAGAGUACUUGAAAUACUGGCCAGAAUGGUGUCCGAUGUCGUGCGAAGUGAAGACAUCGAGCGUGUACGGCGCGUUGGUGUCUGGGCCUGGGCCUUGUUGGGGAAGUGCCGUGAAGUCGGAGAACUGGCAACUGAGGAGGUUGGAGUCAUUCGAAAUCUAGGGAAACGAGCUACGACAAUCUUGUCCAAAGUACAGGAGACAGAGAGCUAUCGAGCUCAGGAGGCCGCGUCGUCAGUUUCAAGUCCAGAGGCUGAAGACAAUACUCGGCAGGACCCUCCAGUUAAUGAUGAGCAAGAGACGAAGCAAGAAGAAGUGCCGGAGUCCGCCGAAGCACGAGAAUCCAACAUAUUCGAUGCACCCGCGGAACAGGCCGAGUUAGAGGCGGCCAAGGCACGCUUGCAAGCCCGCUUGUUGGGCAACGAUGAACCUGUUGAGACUCAAACCAGUUCUGAUGAAGAAUCUUUGGUGAAGCAAACCCGCGCCCUGUUGGACAUGAUCAUCACUGUAGUGGGUGAGUUCUAUGGCCAACGAGAUCUGCUAGAGGCACGUGAGGUCUGGGUUUAG